AUCGAUAGUCUCAUAGAGUGGGCUCCCUUGUAAAAAAAACAUAAUAAACAAAACAGAAAGUAAAACCAGUUUGCUGACCAAAUGUCUUCAGUAACUCAGAGCCAAGAUGAGACGAUAGUCGGUCUGAUGGCCAUGGGUUUUGAUCUGAAGGAUUGCCAAGAUGCCAUCAAUUUUGGAAAGACUUCUGUCGAAGCAGCUGUGGAAUGGUUAGUUGCAGGAAAACCAGGGUUGACAGCUAAUCUAUCUGGACCAACACAGCAAGCAGGGCCAAGCCUUAGACUGCGUGGUGUAUCUUCAGAUUUUAACAAUAGGGCUGCAGCUCCCUUUCAAAAGCCACACCCAAUACCAGAGGCUAGCCAGUCAGAGCCCUCCAAAAGUACCACUGACCAAUCAGAAACUCCAAUGUCAAUAUCUUCCACCAGCCAAUCAGAAACAGUCUCUAGUGACACUGGCCAAUCAGAUAGUGACAUGGUUAGCAGAUAUCAUUUGAACCAAGAACAGAGGAAGUAUAAAGAGAGAUUUGAACACAAGAAAUAUGAAGAGGCUAAAAAGCAGGCCAUCAUGGACAAACGCCGACAAAAAGAGGCCCAUGCGAGAGCAUUAAACGAGAUUGCGGGAGACCGGGAAAAGAAGCGACUUAUGCAUGCCCCUGUCCACACAGAGGAAAUGAAAGCCUCUGCCGACACUGAACAACCCAGCGUUGCUACAGUGCCGAUACCAGAAACGACAGCCAGUUCUACAUGUCUGCUUCAGAUACGAUUACCAGAUGGCAGAUCGAUGAGACAUUCAUUCAGCCCUACAGAUUCGCUAGAGACAGCAUGGCAGUUUGCUGCAGGCCAGAACUAUGCAAUAAAUAACUUCUCUUUCAUGCAGCCAUUUCCCCGCCGUGAGUUUACCAUUGAGGAGAUGUCACGCACGCUGGCCGAUCUGGGACUUACACCCACAGGAUCUCUUGUUAUACAGAAACGACAGAUUCAUUCCCAGCCGACAGAAUCAUCACAAGAACAGCAUGCCACGCCUGAACCCAUGGAGACAGGCUCUGUCCAACAUAUCCCCUCCCCCAGUCACCACCAGCCCUCACAUGACCACUUGCCCAAAGCCCCUCGGGCUCACGCUGCUCCUAGGGGCUACCGCUGGGGUCAUGGUACUGCGUUAGACACUGAUGAACAGCCAACAAGCGCCAUGGAGAUGGGAGGGAGAGAUGAGAGAGAGAACGAUGGCCAACCAGAGGGAGAAGAAAUGUUGGAAGAACACGGUCACGGAAUGCCCCCUCCCGCAGGGCUUGGCUUUGGUGGUCACAUGGGUCAUGACAUACCACCCCCCCCACCUGGUGUUAUGGGAGCCAUGGAUGAGAUGUUAGGAGGGCUAGGAGUCGGGGCAAACAAUCAGGCAUUCGGUGGCACAGGACAGAGGCUAGUUGCUGAGGGGCAUCAAGGAUUUCGAACAGACUUUCAUGACAGGCCAGCUCGGGAACUUGCUGUUGAGAGAGCCCAAGCAAGACAGGCAGCCCCUCCACCUGCAGCCCUGGGGCCACAACAGGGACCUAGUUCUGGGCCCUUGGGACCCCCAUCCCUUUCACAGGUCCACAGUCUGGCCCAGAUGUGCCUUAAAAAUGUGGCUAACAGACUCAAUGACCCUCGACACCAACUGCUUAGUCUAGCUGGGAUAUCCGAGGAAAUGGCGCAAAUCAUCCUCGAGUUUCUGAUCAAAGAAAAACUGCUUAAGCCCAAAACUCUGAAUGCAUUUAUUCCUUGUUACCUCAGGAAAUUGGUACUGGACUGCUAUCCUUAUGUCACCAACGAGUUGCUGCAUUCUGUCAGGUUACACACAAACCUGAACCAUUUAAGCUUGAACGCCUGUCCAUUGAUCACAGACCAGGGCUUGCAGUGUCUUAAUACUCUCAAGAAGUUGAAAAGGUUCAAUAUGAGCAGUUGUCCACAGCUAACCAACAAAUGUCUAGCUGUGUUAACAAGUAUGCCCAACUUGGCAUGGCUUAACCUGGAGCAGACGGGAGUCACAGACUUGGGCGUAAUACAGUUCUUGAAGACCACGCCCAUCUCGUUACAACACCUCAUACUGAACAGGACAACCAUCACGCAUGAUGUGAUUGGAGAACUGCACACUGGGGCCCCACAUCUGAGAUCUCUGGCCUUGGAAAGUACACAGAUUAUGCAUCUGGAUGGAAUAGAGAAGUGUGUCGAAUUGGAAUCAAUAAACCUUGCAAAUACGAACAUAAUCAUGGAAUCGCUGAUAUUCGUGUCUAAGCUAUCGGCAUUGACAUCACUUAACAUCGCCAACACCGAGAAUAUAAAUGGGGAUGAGGCUCUUUAUAACAUACAAAGAUUACGUCUAAAUACAUUGGUGUUACCAUCGAGACAUACCACGACAAAUGCUGGCAUGCAGUAUCUCAUCCAGUCUCCAUUGGUUGCCUUGGAUCUAACAAACUAUAUUUUUAUCGGGAAUGAAGGAAUGGAACAAAUUUCUAAGAUAAAAACCUUAAAGAAACUGUUGUUAAGCAACACGAAGGUAGCGGAUGAUGGCAUGCGUUUCCUGAAAGAUCUUAAAAGUCUGGAAGUCCUACAUCUUGACCGGUGUACAAUAACCGACAAGGGUGCUAGCAUCAUUGGAGCUUUACCUAAUUUGAUAGACCUUAGUUUGGCAAGCACAGGCAUAACAUCACGGUUCCUGCUAGCGGGUCAUUGUAACAAGUGCUCCAACCUGACCAAACUCAACCUGAGUAGGACAACAAUCACACGUAAAGGUGUGUUACAGCUGAGUCUGCCCUUCCUGCAAAUGCUGAACCUGGAUGGCACAAAGGUGACCCCUGACCUGUGUGUUUCCAUGGUAACCAGAUGCCCCAAGCUGACCCAGAUACUCACCCGUAACCUUCAACCGUUUACCCGUGAUGAUGAGGUAGAAGAGGCAGAUAUGGAGGUCUGCAACUGACCAUUGACGUUUGUUGUCAUGGUGACAGUGGUGCUCAUGUGAUGUUGUUAUAGAAACGCACAAGUUAUCAGAUGUACUACAUGGUGUAAUAGAUGUAUCAUCUAGAUGUUGACAACUCAAUUUUGAACUGUGUUGUCAUGGUGAUGGUGUUGUUUGAGUUAUGUUGCCAUGGAAACACACAGACUAUUUCAGAAAUACAUAUGUAUGCGAUGUUGAGCUGAGGUGAGGCUAAAGUGACACCCUUGCAUGUAUGUAUCAUAACAUAUAAUCUAUAAAAACCCUUAUCUUCAUAGUACAUGAUAAGCUGUAACCAAUAUUGACCUUUGUACAUAUCAUUCAUUGACCUUUGAUGAUGCAGAAUCCUUAUUUUUCAUGGUAUAAUAUGAAAUAAGGCACUGCCUUGGACAGGCUCUAGGAAUGUUAUCAACUACAGAAAAUGCUAAUGCCGUACAAUUUUCCUACAUGUAGGUAAACAAGUGUAAAAGGCAAAAUUGAUUUUAUAAGACAUACCACGACUAUGACUAUGACCAAUUAGAUCAAUUAGGUGCAUCACAAGUAAGGUAAAGGCAAUGCAAACUAAAGUGAAUAUUUUGAUGGUUGAAAAAAAUUCAUAUUAACAAACACAAUAAAUAUACUAAUUAUCACAAUACUGAAUAUCAUACAAGCAUGAUAAAGUACAAAAUUAUGAUUCCUACUUUAAGCAUAACAUGGUAACUAAAACAGAUUGAGUUUACAUAAAAUUGAUUAACACAGACUCUACAGUUGUCUGACAAUCAAACUGUACUUUACUAUUUAAAGAUUUUUAAGCUUCUGCAAAUAACCUGGAAAAUGGUUUGACCCGCUCAGCAGUUUGAAAUGAAUAUAAAUCCCCUGUAGUGAAACGUUGUUAACGCCCUUCAAUCAUUGAAUAUUACAAUUUAUGCAAAAAGUAUGAACAUAUUUAAUUAUUUAAAGUAUGAGACUUUAAUCUGUUAUAUAAACAUUAUACAUCUUUAACAUUUAAAAAAGUUGCUUACUAAGGUAUCAGCUGUACAAAAUAAGCUGGUCAUUUGUUUGUCUGUGUUCAUAAAUGCUUUAUGCUUUAGCAUUCUGCCCUCAACUUCUGCCAAAGUGAAGUGUUAUUAGCCUGAAAAUGCUUUUUCCCUGCAUCAUUUAUUAAUUUAAAUGGUAAAUGAAUGCACGUUGAAAUGAUUGUUCCUUUAAAAAUGAGAAAAUCUUCCAAAAUUGAGUCCUUGGAAGUACACAAAUCUCCACUAUUUUGGAGAAAACUUCCAAAAGUGAAGGUUUUGAAGUUCAGAAUAUCAAAAUCUGGUGUAAAUGUUACUUUAUGGCCAUAUUUUUAAUAAGUCUUGAAACAAAAGUUUUUCUUUAAAUAGCAUUUCAUGAAGAUCGCAAGUUAUAGUUACAAAUUAUUUAAUGUCUAAAGUAUCUGGUUGGACGAUAGUGGAAAAUUCUGAGAUGCACAAACUUCCAACUUUCAAAGGAAAACUUCCAACAUUGCUGUCAUGGAGGUUCAAAAUUCCAGUUUCAAAUUCUUAAUGGAAGUCCUGUGGUAUUUGUAUUAGUCUAUGUAAAUAAAUUUAUACUUAAUAUUGAUAUUUGGAAUGUACAUGAUAUUUAAUACGAAGUGAACGUUUAAACAAACAUGCUGUACCAUUAUGUAUCUGUAAAUAUCUGAAGUGAAUUUUUCAUCAAAAAUAUUUUGCUUGACUCUAAAUUAAAUGCUUGUUGUUAAUGAUAAAUUAUUAGUUAUCAAAAAAUAAAAUUCACCUGCGUACUUUUCAUAAUUCUGUUGUUUAAUUUGAUAAUAGGUAACUUGUUCGCUGUUAUUGAGAAUAACUAUCACAGUACUGGUAAGUGAAUAUUAAAUAUCACAAAGAAAUGGUUAAUUUACACGAACUAUGCUUCUGUUUUUAUACUCCAAUUGGUUCCAUUGACAAUAAAUAUA